AGAACUUUGUGUCAGACAUAUUCAGAGCUAAAUAUACAAUGAAUUUAUCAAAUGCAUUUUGUACUUUUGAAAAAAUAUAAGAACAACUUCUUCCAAUUACUUAUCUGAGAAUUAGCUGAAUGUAAUGAAUCUUAAAUUAUAGAGCCUCACGAUUGAAGUGUGAAGUGAAUAUAUAUAUAUUUUGCUUUAGUAUGAUAAAUAUCGGAGUAAUUGCAAUUUAUUUGAGUGUACAGUCAGAUAUUAACCAUUACAUUGAAGUCUUAAUAUCAUUCCAUCGAAUUUACUUAGGGAUAUUGGAUAAGGAAAAUUGAAUAUGACACGUAGCAAUCGAAACGAAAGUAAAGAAUGAUCGCUGAACAAAGAAAUUACAAGCUCGCGUCUUUCUGUAACACAUUCAGUCAUUCGGUGAAUCUCCUGGCAUAUACUAGCUUUUUUGUUCCAGUUGUAUCGUUUUUCGUAAGCAUUACGCGGUAGCUUCAAUUCUUAUUAGAGACAUGAAGACACACUGGGAUAAAAAAUCUAAAUUAAAGAAUUCGAAACGUGGUAAGAGAUAUGGAUAAUAUUUAAAUAUUUACAAUUAUUUGUUCUAUUAUUUUUUUUUUUUUUUUUCAUACAUCAAACGAAUCGCGUAUAUCCGCUACGUGCGAUAUUGCAGGACAUCGUAAAUGCUUGACGCACAAUAUAAAAGGGUACAUGAACAGAUGGUUUUACGUUUAUUGCAAGAACACCAGUCUGCAUGGCUUUCGUUAUAUAACGAUGAACGGAUCGACAAUGAUCGAAAGUGCCUUUUGGUCCGUGGUCUGCGUAUCGUCCAUCAUAUUCUGCGUUAUACUCAUGCUACGUUUAUGGGAUAAUUAUUCCAACAAUCCCAUAGUGACGACCAUCGAUGCGACGAAUCCGAUAUGGAACGUGUCCUUUCCGGGCGUUACGAUAUGCAAUAAUAAUAAAGUUUAUCGUCCACACGCCGACAUUAUCGCGAAAAACUUAUAUGCGAAUGGAUUCAGCAUAAAUGAGAGCGACAAAUUUUUUCUUUCCCUCAUGAAGCUGAUACGGCCUGAUAAGAUCUUGAUUGACAAUGUAACUGCGAGUCGAUUUCUCGAUAGUCUUGGCACGACGGUCGAAUCGCUUAUGGAGCAGUUAAUGCAGCCUUGCAGCGCGUUAUUGGUAAGAUGCGCCUGGAUUGGACAGAUUCGCGAUUGCAACAAGAUCUUUAAAACGGUCAAAUCCAGGGAGGGUUUUUGCUGCGCCUUCAAUUCCCACUACAAUUUGAACGUCAGGCAAAACACACUCAAUGAACAGACGGAUGAUCCGCCGGAUUUUAACAUUAGUUCCGCUGAUCUGCCGGGUGUGCGCGAAAUUCUGAAAGCGCCGGGCAGUGGUCGUGAUAUCGGGCUUGCGAUUGCUUUAAAUGUUGAGCGUAAUAUGUACAAGGCUACCACGCGCCCUUUCGUAGGGGCCUCUGUUAUGAUACACGACCCAAUUGAUUUCCCCGACAUUGGUGCACACACGGCAUCCGUCUUACCUGGUCACGUUUUGGCUAUAUCCGUCACCAGUACUUCCAUCAAAAGCAUGGAAAGUUUACGAUAUCUUCCUACAAACAAACGUCUGUGCUUUUUCGACGAAGAGACACCGGGCGAAACUCGUUACAGUUUUCAAUCGUGCAUAUCAGAAUGCAUAGCGAAAAAUAUACAGCGACUAUGCGGCUGCUUGCCGUUUUAUUAUCCGGAGAUGCAUGAAGGAGUAAGAACAUGUUAUCUGCCCGAUCUUGAUUGCCUUUUGAGUAUGCGAAGAUCGUCAGAAUACUGGAAGACGGAAACUUGCAAGAAAUGUUUACCCCAAUGCACCGAUAUGAUGUAUCAAAUCAAUUUAGAAGACGUUAAGAUGGACGAUGUGAAUUUCGAUUCCGAUAUAACACGUGGCUUGGAUAUAAACAAUAUGUCUUUCGUGUAUAUAUUUUUCGGUGAUCUGUCAUAUGUCGAGUAUCGUAAAGAUAGUAUCAUCAACUGGGAUUCGCUUCUCGCAUCCUUCGGCGGUAUCUUUGGUCUCUGCCUGGGCGGUUCCGUGAUAAGCGUAAUAGAAUUGGUUUAUCUCUUGGCCAGACAAUUCUUUACGAGACAGCUUCCUAAGAGACAAGAGCGAUCGCGUACAAGUUUGCCGCCGGCAUCGGAAAUGUUUCUGUCUAUUCCCGCGGAAAGGAGAGACGUUCAGUUACAGAAACCACGAAGCCAUAAAGAAUCGAAUGAUAAGCUUGUCUCAUGGUGUCAACCAUCCCUUCAUCCACGUGAAACAUAUUUUGAUCAAAUCAAUUAUCACGAUUAAGGCUAAGAUCGUUGUUCGAUCGAUAAGGAAUAAAUGU